GUGAGCUUACCAACGUUUGCACUUCUCUUCUCUGAAGUAGUGAAGUAUGCACAGGAACGAUCAGAAACUGUUACGGACAUUCAUGAUAGGCUAGCGUCAUAUGGAAAGCUUGUUGGAAUACGAUUGUUGGACGUAAUAACAUUACGUGAGAGAGGAUAUCGUAGAGAAACGAAGCUGUUGGGCAUGUUGAUGUUCAUAAAAUCGUGUGUUUGGAAGAAUUUAUUUGGUAAAGAAGCUGAUAAGUUGGAACAUCUUCUAAUAGAAAAAGAACCAGUUGUGAAUACUUUUAUAUCUGUACCAAAGGAUAAAGGAAUGUUGAAUUGCGCCGCAUUUGUUGCUGGAAUCAUACAGGCCAUGCUCGAGGUAAGCAAUUUCCCUUGCCAAGUUUCGGCUCACUGGUGGAAUAACGGGACAGCUUACGUGAUCCGAUUUGAAGAAGUUGUAAUUUCUCGCGAAGCUGCUAUUGUGGAUGGUCCUAGAUAA